AUGAACGUCAGCCCUGAUGCUGCUGCUGCUGCUGCUGCUGCUGAUACACUCCACGAGCCCGCAGCAGCAGUAGCAGCAGAUGCAGAAGAAGCUGCAGCAGCAACAGCAGCAACAGAUGCAGACGGAGCAGCAGAAGAUAUGGCGGGGUUUGCUGUAGUAAAUAACAGCAGAAACAGCAGCAGCAGCAGCAGCAGCAGUAACAGCUGCAGCAGCCCUUCAGCUCGGUGGAGAGCAGCAAAUCAGAUGGUCUUGAGCCCCUCCCCUGUCCUUCCUUGCAUGCAAGAGACAGAAACAGCAGCAGCAGCAACUGCUGCAGCAGCAGCAAAUGAAGGAGAAGCAGCAGCAGCAGCAGCAGACGAUGCGGCGAAGUUAAGUGCUGCAGACACCGAAGUUGCUGCUGCAGCUGCUGAAGAACCUUUGAAUGAGGCAGCAGCAGCACCAGCAGCAGACAGCAGCAGCAACAGCAGCAGCAGCAGCAGCGGCAUCAGCAGCUGGUUUUCUUCAUUCUUGCAGCAUCUAGCGUAUGCAGCAGCAGCACAAUCUGCUGCUGUAUCGGGUGUGUCUAUCUAUCCGUCUCUGCUGCCCCCUGCGAAGCAGCAGCAACAGCAGCAACAGCAGCAGCAGCAGCAGCAGCUGCAGCAGCAGCAGCAGCAGCAGCGCGCCUGUCGGCGAGCUGCGGUGUACACGUACGAACGCAUGCAGCAGCAGCAACUCGAAAGGCUGCUUAGCUGCACUAGACACCGUUAG